UUAUUGAAAGUAUAAAGAUAUAAGAAUAGAAACAGAUAGUCUUUUGUCUUUUCCAUUUUACAAUAAAAGUGGGAAAACAAUUAGAUUUGAGAAAAUAGGAGUGAAGCAAAGCAAAGCAAAACAAAGCAAAGAGAAAGAAAAAAGAAAAAAGAAAAAGGGAGUUCUGGUUACUUCCAGUUCACUUUGAGUUGUGUGCAAUUUCCUCUUAAAUCUUUUUUUGUUUGUUAAUUGCAUUGGUUCUUUUGAACUGGUUCUUUAGUCAAAUUUUAAAUGAACUUCUAUUUUUUCUUUCUCCAGAAAGUUUAUGAAUUUGUUCCAAUCCUUUCUUUUUGAUUGUGAUCUGUUCUAUGCCAAUUUUUGCAUCAACAGAUCCAUAUUCAUAAUAUCUAACACUUUCAGGAAUCCCCAGUAUUUUUGAAAUGCACAGGUAUAGAAUGGGUGACACCUGACUUGACAACAGUACAAGUGAAAGGGAUGUAGGAGUCAGACAACAGGCUGAAUAUGAUUCAACAGUGUGAUGUGGUUGUUAAAAGAGCCAGUGCAAUUGUAGCUUGCAUCAACAGGAAUAUUGUGUCUACAUAAUGGAAGUCAUAGUCCCACUCAAUUCUGCUUUGAUCAGGUCUCACCUGGAAUGUUCCUAUGUCCAGUUCUAGGCAAAGCAAUUCAAGAAGGAGAUGGACAAGAUAGAAGCAGUCUAAAGAAGGGCAACCAAAAUGAUCAAAAGGUUUGGAAACCAAGCCCUAUGAGGAAUGGCUUAGGGAACUGGGUAUGUUUAACGUGGAGAAAAGAAGGCUGAGAUAUAAGAACCAUUUUUAAACAUUUGAAAGGAUGUCACAUUGAGGAGGGGGAAGGAUUGUUUUCUGUUGUAUAGACUAGGACAUGGAGAUGUAGAUUCAAAUGGCAUGAAAAAAGAUUCCAUCAAGAAUUUCCUAAAGGAAAGAAUAAUAGAAUCAUAGACUCCUAGAGAUGGAAAACACUCCAAGGGCCAUUUGGCCAAAUCCCCUGGCAUGCAGAAAAAGCAAAAUAAAAGCACCCCUGACAGAUGGCCAUCCAUCCUCUCCCCUGACAGAUGGCAUCCAACCUUCCACUGAUGUUUAGCAGUGGAGUAUGCUGCCCAAGAGGAUGGUGUUGCCUCCUUCUCUGAAAGAUUUUAAGCAGAGGCUGGAUGGCCAUCUGUCAGGAGAGGUUUGAUUGGAGUCCUGAUCCUAAAUGGUUUAUAUAUUAUGUAGUUCAAAGCUCUGCAUUGAAUUGUGCCUAGAAAAAACUAGAAGCCAAUGAAGCUUGUCCAAGUGAAGAGUUGUAUGAUUUGCAAACAACAUUCCUGACAAAAGUGGAUUAAGAGUAAUCUAAAAGCAACAUAUAACUUACAAAGUCCUGCUGUGGUGUUAUGCAAAAAUUUGCAAUUACUUUCUUAUUGGUUAUUGUUAUUUGGGGGAAAAACUAUUCUUGCUAAAAGUAAUAAAAAGAUUAAAAUUCUUUAUUUCGCUCACUUUACUGUACUGAUGUCUGGGCAAGAAAUCUCUAGAAAAAAAAAACCACACAGAGAAAGAAAGAAAAAACCCUCAAAGGCAGCAGACAAGCCGCUGGCUUCCUUCCUCAGAUAUCAAGAAUGUACUUGGUUCCUUCACAUCGUCCCGGACAACGUAAGGGAGAACCAUUCAAAGACUCAAGGUCAUCAUGCUGGUUCAGAAUUGUGCUUGGAUUUCUUGUGUAAUACUUGCAUGUCACAUCACAUUACAAGUAUUUGGUCAAGGGUCAAACCGAUUAAAGCUGACAGUCUUGUCAGAAGACAGGUUGCAGAUGAAAUGGAAAGAAACAGAGGGAAACACAAAUGGGUACAAAGUGCGUGUGAAGCCCAUGGCAGGUGACUCUGAACAGGAAGUCAUGUUGAAAACCAAGACAGCUAAAGUGACAGUGGGGGGACUGAGUUCCACAAAAGAGUAUACUCUGCAAAUCUAUGUCUUGAAUGGUUCUCAGGAGGCUCUCUUUGUCAAGAGGAGAUUUGUGAUUGAAGAACUGAAGAACCUCUCCCAAGCAAGAAGUAAUCGACGGCAUCCAACAAGUGCCCCAGAAAAGGCAGAGACAUCGCUGGGGAUCACAACAGCCCAAUAUAUUCUAGAGACAUAUACCACUUCAGCAGCUGUCAGUGAAGUCUCAACUUGGAUAAGAAAGGAUGAACUAGAGAGGAAAAGGCAAAAAUCAGCUAUUUUCAAAGGAGUCAGCGAACGUAUGUUGAGUGCAGCACCAACACCAAAGCCAGUCACUUUGGCCACCAUGAUAUCGACUCUACCAAGCCCAAUAGAAUUUGAACUAGACUACCUGGCCCAAGAGAAAACAACCAGAGAAAGCUUCAGGAGAGUUUCUCACUUCCAUUGUGACACCACUGCCAUGACAGAUAUCAUCCUGCUGGUGGAUGGCUCCUGGAGUAUUGGGCGCAACAAUUUUGGGCUCAUCAGAGAAUUCCUGGCAUCCUUGGUUGCCCCAUUCAAUGUUGCGAUGGACAAGAUAAGAGUAGGUUUGACCCAGUACAGCAGUGACCCACGCACAGAAUGGGACCUGAAUACAUAUUCCACACGGGAUGAGGUGUUAGAGGCCCUUAGGAGCUUGCGUUACAAAGGAGGCAACACAUUCACAGGGCUGGCGCUGACCCAUGUCCUGGAGCACAAUCUGAAAGCCGACACUGGGGCUAGAUCAGAGGCUCCUAAACUGAUCAUCCUCUUGACUGAUGGGAAAUCUCAAGACGAUGCCAACCCACCUGCACAGGUCUUGAAAAAUAUGGGGAUACAGAUAUUUGCUGUUGGAGUGAAAAAUGCAGAUGAGACAGAGUUGCGCCAAGUGGCCUCAGACCCUUUGGAGCUGACUGUAUACAAUGUACUGGACUUCCCUCUCCUCAGUUCUCUUGUUGGACGCCUUACCCGGGUCUUAUGUGCUCAGAUCAAGGUGAAGAACAAGGAUGAGAAUGCAGGCAAACCAGUAAAGGCUGUUCCAGUGACUACUGGUGCCCAUCUGAGCCCAACCAAUCUUGUGUUAAAAGAAGUUACUUCCAGAAGUCUCCGUCUCACCUGGAACCCUCCUGUGAUACCACCCAAAAAAUACAGAGUUGUGUACUACCCUUCUAGAGGUGGGACUCCCAAAGAGGUUGUUUUAGAUGGGGCAACCUCCAGUGCACAGCUCCUCAACCUGACAUCACACACAGAAUAUCUGGUUUCUGUGUUUCCUAUUUAUGAAAACGCUGUUGGAGAUGGACUCAGAGGCAUCACUUCAACCUUGCCUCUUUCUCCACCUGGUUCCCUCCGAGUUUCCGAAAUCAGCCACAACAGCAUAAGACUGACUUGGGAGGCAGCGGAUGGAGCAACCCAGUACCUUGUUCUUUGUUCCUCGGCACCCACCGGAGCACAGGAUGACACCAAAGAGGUGAAAGUAAGACAGUCUGAAGUUCUUCUUGAGGGUUUGUCCCCCAACACUGAAUAUUCACUAGCAGUUUAUGCAAUGUAUGGAGAAGAUGCCAGUGAUCCAGCAAGUGUUCAAGAAACCACCUUGGCCCUGAGCCCUCCAAAACAUCUGCUUUUCUCCAACAUUAGUCACGCUUCUGUCCAGGUCAAUUGGGAGGCAGCAUUUAUUGCAGUGAACGCACAUCGUAUAACUUAUGUCUCUAGCAGAGGGAGCAAUAGUGGAGAGGUGGAAGUUCCAGGCAACACAUCAUUUGCGGUGCUGAAGCCUCUCUCAUCCCUGACGCAGUAUUUUGUCAGUGUGAUCUCCGUUUACGAUGAAGGUGACUCCUUUCCAAUAACAGGCAAUGUGACUACAUUGAAGGUGCCACCCCCGAGCCACCUGAAGGUCACUGAGCUCUCCAGCAGUGAGGCCCGGCUGGACUGGGAAGCUUCGGCAGCCUCCGACGUGGUGGUCUACCAGGUCAAGUGGAACGUGGUCGGUGAAGAGAAAUCGCAGGAGCUGUCUGUUGCUGGAAAUUUGGCAUCUUCCCUUUUGUCUGGUCUGAAGAAGAACACCGAGUACCAGAUAUCAAUUUGGGCAUAUUACAAAGAUGGAGCUCGGAGUGAUGUUGUCUCCAUUCGACACAGGAUCACUGCCAAGAACCCACCCACAAACCUCAUUAUUGACUCAGAAACACCAAGCAGCCUCCAAGUCCACUGGCAUCCGCCUGAAGGAGCUGUCCAGCACUAUAGACUCAUCUACACUCCAGAAAGCGGAAACAAGCGGCAGGAGAUGAUAACUGUUUCUGGGAGAAGCAGAUCUGUCACCCUUCACUCGCUCCUCCCUAACAGAUUAUACAUGGUGACAAUUUCUGCAGUCUACGCUAUAGGAGAAAGCGAUCCUGUAUCUGCUAUCGGUCACACAGCUUCGAUCUUGGCGAGACUGCCCACAUCAAGAGAAUCAGUUCCUCUCAGAACAGAGGACUGUCCCGUCCUUGACUCCACAGAAGGCUUUCUGCAAGGUUUCAACAUGAUGGAGGCAUUUGGGUUGAGGGAGAAGGAGUAUGCUUCCAUCAAGGGGGUGGCUAUGGAGCCCUACAUCUUCCUGGGCACUCACACAUACACCCUCUUCAGAGAUAUCCAGCUAACCCAGAAAACAAGUGAAGUAUUUCAUUUUGGAUUUCCUGCUGAAUAUACCAUCACUUUCCUUCUCCGGCUCCUGCCAGAAAGCCCCAGGGAAACCUUUGCUGUGUGGCAGAUAACAGAUGAGGAUUUCCAACCUCUCCUUGGCAUCAUCCUUGACCCCAACAAAAAAACCUUGAUAUACUUUCAUCGGGAUUAUGAAGCAGAUGUAGAGGAAAUCACCUUUGACCAACUGGAAGUGAAGAAAAUAUUCUAUGGAAGCUUUCACAAGGUGCACGUAUCGGUGAACCAUUCCAAGGUCAAGCUCUAUAUUGACUGCAGGAAAACAGCUGAGAAGCCUCUUGGAACUGCAGAAACCAUCUCGACAGCUGGCUUUGUCAUGCUGGGGAAGCUAACAAGAACGCGAGGGCCACGGAGUGGGUCAGCAGCAUUUCAGCUGCAGUCAUUGCAGAUCGUAUGCAGCAGCUUAUGGGCUGAAGAGGAUCGGUGUUGUGAUGUCCCAGCACUGAGAAAUGAAGAGGUCUGCCCCAGCCUGCUUCCUUCUUGCAGCUGCACUUCAUCUAUCCCAGGGCUUCCAGGGCCACCCGGUCUUCCAGGUAGUCCUGGAAGGAGAGGACCUCAAGGAGAACAGGGUGAACCUGGCCCCAAGGGUGAACCAGGUUCACCUGGUCAAGUUGGACCAGAAGGUCCAGGAGGACAUCAAGGAACUCCCGGUUCCCAAGGGCUGACUGUGCAGGGUCCUAUAGGGCCACCAGGUAUUAAAGGAGACAAAGGAGACAAUGGCAACCCAGGGAUACAGGGUCUGAUGGGUCCCCAAGGAGCGCCAGGCAAGGAUGGAAUCCAAGGCUCAAAGGGAGUUCGAGGACUGGAGGGCACGGCAGGACCACCUGGGCCACCUGGACCAAGGGGCUUUCAAGGCAUUGCAGGGACUCGAGGCAGCCCUGGGGAGAAGGGGCUCCCAGGAGAGGUUGGGCCAACUGGGCUGCCUGGUCCAAAAGGAGAAAGAGGCGAGAAAGGCGAAGCACAGUCCUUGUCGACAAUCUAUCAUCUAGUUAAUCAGGCUUGUGAGCGUCUGAUCCAGUCUCAUGUGUUAAAGUUUGAUUCAUUCAUCCAUGAACAUUCCCAGAAACCUGUUCCCAUUUGGGAAGAUAAGAUAAAACCUGGGGAGCCUGGUCCUCCUGGCCUUCCUGGGCCCCCUGGCAUGAAAGGAGAAAGAGGAGAAGUGGGGAUGCCUGGACAGCCUGGCAGAGAUGGAUAUCCAGGAGAAAGAGGUGCCCCUGGACCCAAGGGAGAGAAAGGUUCAAUUGGCUCAAAUGAGGAAGGCCUUCCAGGACCAAGAGGCCGAACAGGCCCAGCGGGGGAAGAGGUUCUUGGCAAGCAAGGCUCAAAGGGGGCUCCUGGCAGCACUGGAGCCCCUGGAUUUCCUGGUGCUAGAGGCCAACCUGGAGAACCUGGCUAUACAGGUGACUGCCUUCCUUCUGGAUGCUCUGAAGAAAAUACAAGAGAUGAAGGGUUGAUCCCUUGAUGGCUGCUGCAGACCAGUACAUCCCACACCUUUGUUGUAAACUUCUAUUUACAUAAAGGACAGCUGCAACUUGGAAUGUUAUAUUUUUAAAAAGCUGAAUGUUCUGCGUUUUUU